GCCAUUCCCAAUUAACGCCCACAUUUCCCCGUGAACAAAAAGGCUUUUGAUACACGGGCUUGAUCCCCUUAGUAAGUCAGUCCAAACCAGUGAGAGCAGAACUCCGGUCCGGAAUUGAAGGCUGCUGUGGCAGAGAUUGCGGCGCGCUCUAAGGAAACACGUUUUUUUUUCCUGCUCAUCAGUGGCGUUAAAGAGCGCUCGCGUCUGGGACAGAGGCAGGAGUCGCGACAGCCCGGGGUCUGUGCAUUUGCCUCCGCGCCUCCCACUCGGCUUCUUUCAUUGUCGCCGGCAACAACCGUGAACCUGCUCGCACUUGACGACAGCAUGACAGGAGGGCUGAAGGACACCGAGACAGACGAGGAAUAUCUGCAGUCGCCGUUCAUCCGAAAACAAGGGAACAUUUACAAACCCAACAACAAAGACAUGGACAACGAGAGCCUGAACGAGAAGACCUUGGAGGAUGUCCACACCAAGGAAAUCGAUCUCGUCAAUCGGGACCCCAAAAACAUCAAUGAAGACGUGGUGAAGGUCGACUUUGAAGAUGUGAUUGCCGAGCCAGCUGGCACAUACAGCUUCGACGGCGUGUGGAAAGCAAGCUUCACCACCUUCACCGUCACCAAGUACUGGUGUUACCGGCUGCUGACAGCCGUGGUGGGAAUCCCCCUGGCCAUCAUCUGGGGCAUCUUCUUUGCCAUCCUGUCCUUCGUGCACAUCUGGGCCGUGGUCCCGUGCGUGAAGAGCUACAUGAUCGAGAUCCACUGCAUCAGCCGUGUCUACUCCAUCUGCGUGCACACCUUCCUGGACCCGCUGUUCGAGGCCAUGGGCAAGUGUCUGGGCGGCAUCCGAAUCCGCACCGUCAAGGAGGUGUAGUGAGGAAGAGGAGGAGGCGACUUUACAAGAAGAGGAUCAGACCUCUGGGGUGUAUCCACAGAUGGACGGGGGACGUUCAGAGAUAAAGGGGCAUGGUCUUGAAGAACCUGGUUCCACCUCUUUCUACUGGUGCUGGUGAAACCAAGCGGGUGGGAAAUAAAAGGGACAUUUCGUGAGGGGUUUUGUUUGUGUUCUAGUUUUUUUCAAUACUAUUCUCAAAGCAUGGUUCCCACUGUUAACUCAAAAUCUGUUCUGAACUGUUUCAUUGGACUUGUUUGCUGGGAUGUUGAGCCCUAAACACGGAGAGAGUGCUGUCGAAUUCCAGCUGACUCGGCAGAAGCCGCGCAGGGAUGCCCUGUGUGACCCGCUCCAGUAUAUAAAUCCCAGCAAAGCUCCACCCCUAAGCCCCCUCCGCCUGGCUAUCCAGCAGUCUGACACACUGAACCAGCCCUUGUUCCUGCACCUCGCCGUCCACCACCGUCACACUCACCACACCGCCGCUCUCUGCACCCGCUUCUUACUUUGCUCAUCAUGACAUGAGAGAAUGUUUUGUUAUCUGUGAGGCUUCUUAAUGCAGCAAAGCUUGUCUGUCCUUAACUGUUAAAAUGAAGAACUCUUUUGGGGGGGAGGGGUUAACCGGACCACAAUACCUUUCAGCAGCUUGCAUCCAAACAACUUCUAAUCUUUCAUUCAAAAUGACACAGUGUUGUUUGAAAAACUGCAGGGAGAAGAUUCCUCCACCAGCUGCCAAUGCUCCAGCGUACCACCAGCUAAAAUCUUGUAUUGUUGCACUCUUACUAUAGGUUAAGUCUUUACAUCAGCAAAACUUUGUUGCACCUCACAAAAGAAAACAAAAGGUGGAAAGUGACGUCCAACAUGCUUUUACACUUAUCAGCACCUUUUUGUAUCCAUGAAUGAGAAGCAUUUACUAAAAAGAUUAAUAUAUGUUAUUGGCUAUUUAUCAACACAUAUUCCUAAUUUCUUUUUUUUUUUUUUUUUUUUGCUUUGUUUAACCCCUAAAUAAAAGCAAUUAAAUACAUAUAGAUUUAUGUGUUGUUUUGGUUUGGUUUUUGCCCUGUUGGAUGAUCAAUGCAUUAGUAAUUUAUUUAAUUUGUUUAGCGGCAAGAUGGUGUCUAAGAAAAUAUUUCAAGAAAAAAGCAUUGCUCAGUAAAUGAAAUGAACAACUUAUGUUCCCCAAUAAUUAAUUAAAAAAUAAAUAGUUACAUUACUAAAACCCUUGGUGCUUCAUCUCCCUCAAGCAAUUAUUUUCCAUUGCAGCUUCUGCAGUAACUCAUCAAAACAUUCAUCUCCUCCACCCCAAUGAGAUCCAGUGAAUAAUGGGGUGAGAGUGUUUCUGUGAUGCGUUUAGGGGAUUAUAGUGUAUCAAGACAUGUGCACGCUGAGACUCGACCUGCUGUCUUCUCACAUGGAUGAUGAUAUCACAGCUUCUUGAACUGAAGCUCUAACGGAGACAUGUUAUACAAGAUGUGUUAUUUUCCUUCUGCUUUUUCUUUUUUGACUGUACAAUAUCACGCUGUGCACAUUAAAGUUUAAUACAAUCUGC